GGCAGGGGUGGUUUUUCCCGCCUAGGAAACCGAACAAAACUUGCUGGGGGUGAUUUUUUUCCGCCGGGGAAACCGAGGAAAACUUGCUUUACUAACGGUUUGUCCUCUUCUCCCCCAGCAUGCUCCGCUUCGGCCUGUCCGAGAUCCCCGUCAAGAUGGAGUCCCUGGACUCCGACCACGACCAGUCCGACAUGGAGGAGAGCUUCCUGGACAUGGACGAGCUGGCCCUGGAGGAGCUCCGCGGCGCGCUGGACAGCAGCCACAGCAGCCACGAGAGCUGCAUGAGCGGCGCGAGCUCGGAGGGGCAGGACAUGGCGUCCUUCGGGGACGCCAAGCCCGCCAAGGCGCGCCGGGCCGGCACGCGCACCAGAAGGACCAGGCCCAAGAGCCCCACGCAGGUCCUCCGGCUGAAGCGGUGCCGCCGGAUGAAGGCCAACGACCGCGAGCGCAACCGCAUGCACCUCCUGAACGAGGCGCUGGACCGCCUGCGCUGCGUGCUGCCCACCUUCCCGGAGGACACCAAGCUCACCAAGAUCGAGACGCUGCGCUUCGCGCACAACUACAUCUGGGCCAUGUCGCAGACGGUGCAGUCCAUGCGCGAGGGCCGCACCGCCACGCCCGUCACCCUGAGCGUGGGCAACGUGACGGUGACGGUGGGCGGCGACGCGGGCAACAUGAUCACCUCGACGAGCGGCAGCUGCGCCAUCGCGCAGCAGCGCCGCGCCGGCCCGCACCAGUUCAUGCCGUACAGCCCGAUGGGGGACAUGGCCGGCCUGGGCUACCUCCCCGACAACCAGGACCACCUACAGCAGAUGUCUCCCGCGCGGAGCCCCUACACGCUGGACGAGGGCUCCAACCACUUCGGCAGCCCCUGCAAGCCGGACAGGGUUUCGACGCCUCAGUACGGCAGUCCCUGCAAGGUGGACCAGGUGCCAACCCCCCAUUUCGGCAGCCCCUGCAAGACGGAUGCCGUUUCGAUUUCGACCCCGCACUUUGGCAGUCCCGUCAAGUCUGACGGCGUUUCAACCCCCCACUUCGGCAGCCCCGUCAAGUCCGACGGAGUCCCGAGCCCCCACUUCGGCAGCCCCGUCAAGUCCGACGGAGUCCCCAGCCCUCACUUCGGCAGCCCCGUCAAGUCCAACGGAGUCCCCAGCCCCCACUUCGGCAGCCCCGUCAAGUCCGACGGAGUCCCCAGCCCUCACUUCGGCAGCCCCGUCAAGUCCGACGGAAGUUCCACUCCACUGUACGGCAGCCCCUGCAGACUGGCCGGCUCCCCGACGGAGCCGUCGCCGCACCAGGUCCACGCCGGCCUCGGCCUCGGCGAGUCCUUCGGCGCGUUCGGCGACGUGGACGAGUCCCUGAUGCACUACGGCUCGUACUACCCGCAGCACCACGGCCUGCACGACCUGCAGCACGCAGGCAGGUUCAGCAGCCACCCAGCCAUGCUGUUCAGGGCCAGCAUGCAGCGGACGGCGGCGCUGCGGUGAUGCUCUCGCCGCGGGUUGCCAACAAUUCAUAGUCCCCAGUUAGAGACUGUCCCGUCGAUGCCUGUCAAACCCACGUCAAUUUAAGUCUAAUUUUGAUCACAAACUAGAGGGAAAAUCGAAGUUUGUCCGUCGGUUUGACAAAAGGGGUUGUAUCGCGUUGUUGGUUCAAUGUGAGCUCCGCUAGCGCUGCUAGUACGGAUGCAUUUCUGCCAUUCAGCAUCAUUAGGAGUCCGUCAUGGGAAGAAAGGUUGUUGCAUCGGACAAGACGCUGCAAAAUGUAUGGAAUUAAGCAUAAUCUAUAGUGCUUGUUUAAUUGUGAUAUACGUGUACCAAAGCAUAGACGUUUAUUGGCUUGGUUACUUUUACAGGAAGUAGCGUGCCCUAAGUUUAGUUAUUUCUGGGUAUAUUUAAUAAUAAAAUGUACAGAAAGAGUGCAGUAUUUUGAAGCCGUAAGUCGUUACUUCAGGAAAAACCUACAUUAAGAAAAUUGUAAAUGAAUUUUUUUUAAAAGCAUUUACUUUCCAAGGCGUGUGAGAACUUCUUCUAUAUUUUUCUUGUUUUAUGAAUGUUUCUCCAUUCGAACAGCUGUAAUUUCAAAUCUCCAGCGGCUAAGAUACUUAAUGUUUGUAAAAGAUGUCAUUGACGGCGUAACUAUUUCAUUUAUUUUGUCUAGUCAUAUUGUAUAAGUGCGAAAUCAAAUAAGUGCAUAGAGUGAAUAUUUUUUGAAUAUG